AUGAAGGGGAUGCCCUUGCCCUUUGAUUUUGAGGGGAAGGGGGUUUUAGACUUGGAGCAGCUGUUUGUUCAGAAAAAAAAAAUUUUCCCAGAUUUUGCUCCUCAAAUCUCAUCGGAUUAUAUUUUUCAGAAAAAUUGUUUCUUGAAUCGUAAUAGCUACAGCUUUGUCGAGCCCACAUCUGUACUGGAUUCUGCGAAAAUUCCCAGCCGACCCUCAUCCUCGUCAAACCUGUCUUCAUCUCUCGUCGGCGGCGGCGGCGGCGGCGGCGCUUCGACAGACACGGCCGGCGUGGCGGCGGUGUCGGACGCCAACCCCUCUCCCAAAUGGCAGCAGCACGACUCCACAACUGCCACCAGCUCCAAUGCCGGCGGCAGGGACGACGGAGCUGACACCGACCUCCUCCCCGUCCCCCCGUCACUCGAUAUCGGCGCCGGAGGUUCCGCCGGAAACCCGGAGAAGUUCGCCAUGGAGGACUGGGAGGGCGUGCUGUCGGAGUCGGUGGCCGUCUCCCCCGGCCAAGAGCAGUCCAUUUUCCGGUGGAUCAUGGGCGACGUCGAGGACCCGUCCAUGGGAGGCCUUAACCGUGCCCUCCCCAUCGGCGGCGACGGCGGAUCCUCCGCGCCGGAGCUCGAUUUCAGAGGCGGCUUUGCGUCGAACGUGGAUCAGGGUUUCAGCUCCGGCGAAUACUUCAUGCCCGCGGCCCCAAAUUUCCCCAACAACAGCAGAUCUGAAAAGAACAACAUCGAUUUGUCCUCAAAUCCGACCAUUAAUUUGAAUUUGAAAUUUUCUCAGAAUGUAAUGCAAAACCCAUCUUCACCCUUCAACAGCAACCUGAGCCCCAUCGCAUUCGAUACAUCCCAAGAAAUGAAGUCACCCCCCAUUUUCAGUCCCCAGCUAUUGAUCAGCCAGCACCAAACCCAGCACGCUCAAAACCCUUCCUUUUUCCUUCCUCUCUCAUACUCCCAGCACCAGGAGCCCACCAUCUUCGGGCCGCCCCAGCUCAAGAGGCACAACUCCGGCGGUCCCCUCGAUGCUGGGUUCCAGCCCAGCGGCCCAAUCUCUAAAGGCCCAUUCACAGACACCAGCCUGAACCCCCACCAGCUUCAGUUCCUUCCCCACUACCUGCAACAUCAUCAGCGCCCUAUUGGGCCGGCCCUGGGCCCGAGGCCCAAGCCCGACGAUUGCCGGCAGCUUCAGCAGGCAGUGGUGGACCAGAUUCACAAGGCGGCAGAGCUGGUCCAAACCGGAGACCCUGUUCUCGUGCAGGGGAUAUUGGCGCGGCUCAAUCACCAGCUCUCUCCUGUAGGCAAGCCCUUUAUGCGGGCCGCAUUCUACUGCAAGGAGGCCUUGCACUUGCUCCUCAACAACAACAAUAAUAAUAAUAAUAUUGCCACAUCAUCGCCCUUCGGCCUCGUCUUCAAGAUCGGAGCCUACAAAUCGUUCUCCGAGAUCUCUCCUUUGGUCCAGUUUGCCAAUUUCACCUGCAACCAGGCCAUUCUCGAGGCGGUCGAGGGUUUCGAACGGAUUCAUGUGGUGGAUUUUGAUAUUGGACUCGGAGGGCAGUGGGCCUCCCUCAUGCAGGAACUCGCGUUGCGGAACGCGGGCCCAUCGGGCCCUCCUGCACUUAAAAUCACGGCUCUAGCCUCCUCCUCCGCCUCGGCUCCCGCCGACCAGCUCGAGCUGAGCCUGACCCGGGAGAACCUGAUCCAGUUUGCCGGCGAGCUCAAUAUCGGGUUCGAAUUCAUUGUGAUGGGUCAGGACUUGCUGAGCUCUGGUUCUUGGCCUGGCCCGUUUUUGGAUGGCGAGGCGGUAGUGGUGAAUCUCCCGAUAGGCUGCCUCGCAGGCGGCUGCCAGCUGCCGUGGCCUUUCAUUCUUCGUUUUGUGAAACAUCUUUCGCCGAGGAUUGUGGUAUCGGUCGACAGGGGUUGUGAAAGGACGGAUUUGCCCUUCGCCAACCAUGUGAUCCAUGUUCUUCAAUCGUGCUCGAAUCUCCUCGAGUCUCUAGAUGCAGUCAAUGUUAACAUGGAUGCCGUGCAGAAGAUCGAACGGUUCUUGCUUCAGCCAGGGAUCGAGAAAAUUGUAACGAGUCGAUUUCGAGCGCCUGAGAAGACUCAGCACUGGAGAACACUGUUUUUGUCUUCUGGGUUCUCGCCUGUCGUGUUCAGCAAUUUCACAGAGUCCCAAGCAGAGUGCGUGAUCAAGAGGACUCCGGUUCGGGGGUUUCAGGUUGAGAAGAGGCAGUCGAGCCUCGUGCUUAGCUGGCAGAGGAAGGAGCUUAUCUCGGCCUCGGCUUGGAGAUGCUAA